UUUAUUUAUAUUUGCUCAAUCUUUAUUUCGGACCAAUGAUUAAUAAUUUUGACUAGAAGUAUGAGGAAUUCGUAUAGUAUAGCCUUCACGAUAUAGAAGGGUCGUAAAUUUCUUCGAACAUUAAAACAGAUACGUAUUGACUGCCAAAAAGUAACAUGAUCAGAUGCAAAUAAGGACUCUGGCCAUGGUCAGAACUAUAGAAAUAAAUCUUUCACCCAGUGUCAAUGUAUCUACUUAUUAUGAACUUUAAGAUACAUGAAAUCGAUGCUUUAAGGUCUGAAGAAAUUUACGACGUCGCUAUAUCGUGAAGACUACGGUACUCUGAGUAGACUAUGUAAACCAAGACCCGAUGUAAAUCUUAAAAUGACGUAACAGCUGAUGCACUAAAUAUAUAUAUAUAUGUAUAUGAUAUCUGGACUACAUGUAUCGUAAAAGAAGUUUUGAUUUACUAUGAAGUAGUUAAUCCAAAUUAUACAAUAGAACACUGAAGUUUCAUUCCUUAUAUUUUACUAAAAUGGACAAAUCCAACAAUCUACUCUCCAAAGUAGCUCUAGUAGAGCGCAAUACCGAACCACAAGGUAUUCCAUUAAAUAAUCCAGAAGCUGUAGCCAAGUCAACGCAAGAGGAUCUGAUUGCAUUGGCUAUGGAAAUACAAAAAGCUGACAGUUUUGUUAAAGUAAAUGCAUGUAGCAAGCUACAGGUAAUUGCAGAGCAAAUAAGAUCUUUGAAGAAACAAGCUGAAACCAUUCUCCUGACAUUUCAUUGGAACAUGAAAUUGUAUCAUGUUGCUUGCAAUUUUGUGAAACACCUUGGACACGUGUAUCACCUUUAUCAACAAGAGACUGGCCAGCUUUAUUUUUCUAUGCUUAGUCCAGAAGAAUGGGGUAACUCAGGACCUCCUCAAAUUUACAAAGGUGCAUACAGAUUGGAACAAGAUCAUUCGUGGUCCCCUUUACAGAAGAUCGACGCUAAAAACAAAGAAAUGGCCAUGGUAGCUAAACUUUUAUCGAAUAUUCCGGCGACUGCAUCUGCGUUCAAAAGUAUCGAUUUAAAUGUAAAUAUGUAAUAUAUAAAAGAAAGCAUAAUACAGCAACUGUAAUA